GACCCCUUCCACUGGAUGCGCGACACCUCCGACCCCGACCUGGCAGCCCUCCUCGCCGCCGAGAACGCCUACGCGGAUGCCUUCGUAUCCUCGGCCGGCGGCGGAGGCCUCCGCGCUCGCCUCGCGGCGGAGAUGCGCGCCCGGUUGCCCCCUUCCGUUGCCUCCCCGCCUCAGCCCUGGGGCCCUUGGUCAUAUUACCAGUAUGUUCCAGACAGAAUGGAGUACCCAGUUUUGGCCAGAAAGUUGAGGCCCUCUGGUGGUUUAGCAGGAAGUCUCCUUAGUUAUCUUUCUGAUUGGGACAAGGAAGAAGUGCUGCUUGACUGGAAUGAGAUUGCGGAGAAGUUUGGUUAUGUGCACAUUGGGAGUUGCCGAACCUCUCCUGAUCAUAGGUUUCUUGCAUAUACUCUUGAUACAUCUGGGGGUGAACUAUUUUCCCUGGAAGUGAAAGAUCUUCAGUCUAAAUGUGUCAUUUGUAGUUCACCACACAAGGGAAUAGUCAGUUUAGCAUGGUCUCACAACAGUGAAAAUCUAUUCUAUACUGUAUGUGAUGAUACUCUACGUCCCAAUCAGGUUUUCUGUAAAAAGAUGCAGUCAGAUGAGGCAGAUUUUUUAGUUUUUACGGAAAACAAUGUUUAUGUGAUGAAAUCUGGUAAUGUAAGAGAAGGCUUAUGGCCUGUACAGAAACGCACUAACAAAGUGCAGUACUUUUUGGAGCAUCAUAAUGGAUUUUUCUACAUUCUUACUAAUGCCCCUUUGGAAGAUAUUGAAACUUCAGCUGAAGGCUACUACCUGGCCAGGUGUAGAGCUGAAAAAGCACUGAUGGAUAAAUGGCAGAUUGUGGCACUCCCUGGGUCGGACUGCAUCUUUCAGGAUAUGGAUAUUUUUCAUGAACAUUUAGUUCUCUUUCUACGAAAAGAUGGGCUUCCUCUGUUUUGCUCCAUUGAUCUGCCAGUUAAGGUUGACUUCCAGGAGCCAAAGGAACUGGGUAAUCUCACUCCAUGGUUUUUCCCAAUUCCUUCAAAUUUAUGUAGCAUUCUUCCUGGAGCCAACAAUGAUUACAUGUCAUCUACUUAUCGCCUGGUGGUGUCAUCGCCAGUGGUUCCAGACCUAACUGUGGACUAUGACAUGCGAAAGAAGGCAUUUACCAUCCUUCAUCAAGAGGAAGUGACUGGCCUUUCUUCAAGUCUAUGCAUAUCAGGAUUGCAAUCCAGUGUUUCGAGUAUCCAACAAAAUCUGCAACUUAUUGAAGAUUCACAAAGUUGGAGUGAUCUUUCCAAGUUAUUAACUUGUGAGAGGGUCCAAGUUAUUUCACAUGAUGGUGUCUUGAUACCUUUGGUGAUCCUGUAUUCACGGGAAGCACAUAUUCAUGGAGAAUCACCUGGGGUCUUAUUUGGAUACGGAGCUUACGGUGAAGAUUUGGAUAAAAGCUGGUGUUCUGAUAGGCUAAGUCUACUUGCUCGAGGAUGGGUUUUUGCAUUUGCAGAUGUUAGGGGCGGAGGGGAUCCAUCAUGGCACCUGGCAGGCUCCAAAACCAACAAAAUAAAUUCAAUCCAAGAUUUUGCUGCAUGUGGUAUGCAUCUUAUCAAGGAAGGUUUUGUACACGAAAGUCGUCUUUGUGCAGUAGGGUGCAGUGCUGGUGGUUUGCUGGUUGGUGCGGCCAUUAAUAUGAUGCCAAAUUUAUUCUCUGCUGCAGUUCUUAAGGUCCCUUUUCUUGAUAUCUGCAAUACCAUGUUGGAUUCUACUUUACCUCUCACCAUCUUGGACUACGAAGAAUUUGGUGACCCUAAUAUCCCAGCUGAGUUUGAUGCAAUCCGCAGUUAUUCUCCUUAUGAAAAUUUAUCUCCUGGAAUAUGUUACCCCCCAAUGCUGGUGACUGCCUCAUUUAAUGAUACAAGGGUAGGAGUCUGGGAAGCUGCUAAGUGGGUAUCAAAAGUGAGAGAUGUCACAUGCCCAUCCUGUUCCCAGUCUGUUGUUCUGAAAACCAAUAUGCAGAGUGGUCAUUUUGGUGAGGGUGGACGCUUCAUGAGCUGCGAGGAGACAGCCUUUGAGUAUGCGUUUCUAAUGAAGGCGUUGGGAAUGGAUGACAUAGCUGCAAAGUAA